AUGAUUUGGCUAGUAGAAUUGCAAAUGAAGAAGUAUUAUUUAAGUUAUCUAAAAUAGCCUUAAAUUUUCUCUGAUUCAUCCAAUCUCUAUGCUUAUCAUAUAUUUAUUUUCCAAUAACAAUUUAAUUAGGUUGAAGAAUUGUGAAAAGGAAUGUAAUGGCAGUUCAAAUAAAGAUUUAACCUAAUUACAAAAUAAUUUAGUAUUUAUUAUUAUAAUUUUUAAAAGAAUGCUCUUGAUCAAAAUUAGAUUGUCCAUUUAAAAAAAAAGUCAAUCAAGAAAACUCAAGUUGAAAUUAUUAAAGAAGAAAAUAAAUUAAAUUAAUGUAUCAAUGCUAUUAUUAAUGUUUAAAUGGAAGAAAUAUAAAAAAAACUUGCAUUUUUUGAGGAAUAUGAAAAAAUUGUAUUAAAUGAAAAAAACUUGGUAGAAUUAUAAUAAGUAAUUUAUUUUUAUAUAUAUAUAUAUAUAGAAAUAAACACUUGCUGAGAGAUUAAUAGUUGUAUAAUAAAAAUUAUAAAUGUAUAAUGAAGAAAACAAUUAAUAAUAUAUAUUUUAUUAAAUAAUUAUUAUGUAAUAACAACAACAAUAGAAUCCAACUUAUGAAAAGAAACUCAAUAGAACUGGUAAACCAAAGGGGAUGAAUACUUAAAAACCAUUGGACAAAACAAAUGCAUGGAGUUCAGAUUAAUAAAGUACUUAAGCAAUUUAAGCGCUUUCUCGUUUGGGAAGAUUUAUUUGUUUUUAGCAAACUGGGAAAAAAAAGAUAGCAAUUGAUUAGAAUGAUUAAAAUAAAGCUACAGUUGAUUAAAAUGAUUAAAAUAAGACUAUAGUUGAUUAGAAUUAAUAAUCUAAGCCAAAACAAAAGCAACCAUUAGAUGCUCCUGGAAUAUUUUUAAAUUCUUCUAAGAUAUAGAUUGUUAAACUCAUAGGUGAAUAUUGCCAAAUUGUUGAAAAAUCUAAUAAAAAUUGUAUUGUCUUCUUUUUUAGAUCUUCACAUCCUGAAUUUGAAAUAAUAAAUGGUGUUCCAUAACUUAUAAAUAACUUUGAUAAAUAUGGCAUUUAUCCUGCCUUAAAGAAAUUAGCACCAAUGUUAAAAUAAAAGUUUCUUGAUGAAUAUUUUACAUAUCUAUAAUUUCAACAUGGAUAAUUGUAAUAUAUUAAAGAAAUAUAAGUAUUGUAUGAUGAUUUUCAUAACAAAACUUUAAAAAGUGCUGAAACCCUUUUAUAAUGUCUUUUUACAAAAUAUUUAAUUAAAUACUAUGAGGAUUUAGAUUUGCUUACCAAAAAAAAUUUUGAAGAGAGAGUAUAAAAUAUUUAUGAAAAAUUCUAUAAUGAACAUUAAACCAAAUAAGAUUAUGAAGCAUGUAUUAAUGAAUUACUAGCUUGCAUGUAAGUAGAGGAAGAAUUUGAUUAAUAAUACACCUGUGAUUGA